CCACACUCGCUCGCCCGGCCGUGUCCGGGUUCCCGUUGGCUGGCUGGCCUCUGCCGGUUUCCUGUGAGGCCCGAGCUCGCUCGCGCGGUAGCAGGUGGUGGUUAGGUAGAAACUAGAAACCCAAUGGACAGGGGGAUGGAAAGGGUCUUCGGCUCCUGUAUACCGGGCAUGGAGGCGGUGGCGCCGGCGGAUAGGGAGGAGGAGGGGCUGGAGCUCAGCCUGUCGCUGCACCCGUCGCCGUCGUCGCCGCCCAGGUUCCAGGCGGUCUUCGCCUGCUGCUACUGCCCCAGGAAGUUCCGCAGCUCGCAGGCGCUCGGUGGUCACCAGAACGCGCACAAGCUGCAGCGCAACCUGGCCAGGCGCGGCAGGGAGGCCGCCUCGGCGCCGCCAGCGCCGGUGCCGCCGCCGGCGGCGGCAGCCGAUGACCAAGGCAACCACAGGGCGGCGUCCGGCAGCGAGAGCGCGCCCGCGCCACGCACCAGGGCGGAGCCGGGCGCCGAUGCGUGGGGAGAGGGGGUCAGGCAUCGUCGUCAGCACCAUCUUCAUCACGUCCCAGCAGGUGGUGGUGUGGAAGCCUCGUCUGGUGCAAGGGGCGACGGAGAUGCUGCUGAAAUUAUCGACCUGUCCCUGAGGCUAUGAAUGAACCGAUGCAUGAGCUAGCAGCAGCUGAAGCAGUUCCUCCUCUUCUCCUCCAUUAGUUUGCUUAGUUUCUUCAUCACGUCAUUAUUUCUUGUUUGAUCUAUCGUCCUACGUUUUAUUAUUCCUUGUCUCAGCUUAUGGACUCAUGCAGUCAUGCCUCA